UAACAGGUAGUUUAAAAAGCAAACAGGACAACAACAGACGAAGCAAGGCGAGCGAAGCGGUUACCCUGUGAGGAGGACGUUUUCCUUUUCUUUUUUUUUUUACACGUCGUUUUGUUUCUGGAUAUGCCUUCAGCAUGCUGAACAGGAAGGGCUCUUGCGCGGGGACGAUGAGCGCUGCGGCCGCGGUGGACCGCAACAGGGUCGGGGAGAGGCUGCAGGCUGCUCUGGCCGGGCUGCAGGAGCUGCAUCUGCUCAAGGACAGACAGAGCGAGAUGGUGAGCUGGGCGCUGAGGGUCGACCGAGAGGAACCGGUCACCUCCGUCCACGCAGACCCGGAGGCUGCAAAGGGGAUCGGGGCUGAGGAACAGCGGCUGGAGGCGACCCUGACCGCCCUGAAGCAACAGCUGUCUCGUCUUCGGAAACAGGAUGUAGGCCUCAAGACUCAUUUGCAGCAGCUGGACCAACAAAUCAGCGAGCUGAAGCUGGAUGUGAGCAAGGCCUCCACAGAGCAGCUGGAGAGUGACAGCCGACCGAGCUCAGGUUUCUAUGAGCUCAGCGAUGGCGGCUCUUGCUCCCUGUCCAACUCCUGCACCUCCGUGUACAGUGAGUGUCUGUCUUCUUCCCAGACAAGCCUCCUCCUCAGUCCCAUGAGCUCUGCUAAUUGCCACAUUAGCCCUCCACCACAAGUUGAAGUAUGCCGCCGGCGUUCUGCUGAUGAGAGCACCACCCAGCCUAACCCUGCUCGUGCCACAGGCCUCCAUCUGGGCAGUAGCCGGAUUCGCGCAAGCACUACAUGUAGUGAACAGGCACGACCUAGACCUGUAUCAACAGGUGAUCUUGACAGAAUGAUGGCUCAAGGACUGAACUACUACAAAUCUGUGGAUGCGAAGAAACCUCUAAUGUGCCCCAACCUGAAGACCUCCGCAGUGGAUCCCAAGUUCCAGCGCAAUUUGGAGUCUCGCAGCGGGAUUGAAGUGUACCACUACCCCAGCCCCCUCCAUGCCGUGGCUCUCCAGAGCCCGAUCUUUUACCAAGGGGGCGAAGCUGACUCAUCUGGACUACUGGAGGGCCAAGGAGCCCCAGUAAACAGUUAUGACACCCUCCAGAGGACUCAAAUGGGUUAUGAGACAAAGACCUAUGGUUACAUCGGCAAGGUCCUCGAGCGCAGCUUCAGCAAAAUCCAGACUGAGACAGGCACGGAGACUCUGGAGGCACGCGGUGGCUAUCACAGGAAGCCCAGUGAGGCUGUAACUGUGUUUCCUGGAGUGUCUCAGAGGGAGAUAUCUGUGCUGCAGCCUCCUCCACCCAAGACCACCAACAUCAUCCCAACAGAUAGUGGACACCGCUUGACAUACUCCAGCCAAGAAACAGCUGAUAACCCAAACCACAAACAGUCUGUGAGAGCACCAGAGGGUUCAUAUAGAUACUCCUAUCCUACUGCCACUAAGGAGUACAGCUCUGAUGAGGUCACCUAUUCAUCCCUGAAGAAGGCCGAUAAAACCCAAGGAGAAUAUUCUAGUUUGGCACGGAGCCACAUUGAGAAGAGAGGCGUAGAUUAUCAAGAGUCAAGGCCACAAGAGAGGAAGGGUCACAGGCAAAGACCAGUGACGGCCCACAGCUCCAGCACAGAUGAAAGUCGAGGCUUUGAGGUCCAGAGCGGUCACUCGGCUUCGCCUGAGUUCGUCCAUGCCAAAUUUGUCCCUGCCGGAUCUCAGAGGGUGAAGGUUAGACAGGCAGACCGUAAAACCAAAGCUGUGAAACUGAAAAGAAAAAGCAGCGAGAAGCCACGAGCAAGACAACAACAUGGCUACUCCUCUGGCGAAAAGACCCGAGAGACCGGUGGUGGAACAAAGGUGGAGCAGAGAAGAUCAGGGAAAGGAAAAAUGACCCAGAAGGCCACCACCUGCCACACAGAGGAGCACAGACAGCGUUCGGGCUCAGACUCCAGUCUCUGUGGUCCAGGAGCCAUGCGCACCCAAAAGCUCCACCCUAAGCCACAUCUCAUCCCUGCUGUGGGUAAGUCCAGCAAAAGCCACCGACUGCAGUGCUUGGAGUACGAGCAGCCUGUAGAGCAGAGGAAGAGGAAGCAGAUUACUGCCAAAUGGACAUCCGAUGUGGACAUGUUCCAGGCCUCGUGUGCUCAGCGUCAGAGGUCAAAAGAGCUCCACGCUCAAGCACCAGGGAGCAUGCAGAUGGUGCGCAGCAUGAGUGCCAGGGCAGGCCAGUGGAUGGGACCUGCACGACCCUUCCAGUCCUCAAUGUCCACGAAUUCUUUCCUCCACAAUCUGAACGCCAGAUACCCCGCAGCACCCUUCCACGCAUCCAGCCACUACCCACCCAGAUGUGAGUCUGAGUAUUCAGCCGAAUGCGCCUCACUGUUUCACUCCACCAUUGCUGAAAGCAGCGAGGGGGAGAUGAGCGACAACACCACCAACCGCUUUGGAGAUAGCGAGUCGAGCCAGAGCUCCCAGUCCCACUCUGACUCUGACAGCAGCCUGUCCAUGGACGAGGGGGACCAGGUGGACAUCUAUGAGGAGGAGGGAGGUCUGGUGUGGGCCGAUGCAGCACUGGGGCCCACCGCCGCUGGACAGCCCCUGAAACCGCUCCCACCCCGCCCCGAGCCUCCAGCCUGCCGCAUCAAAGCUUCCCGAGCCCUGAAGAAGAAAAUCCGUCGGUUCCAGCCUGCCUCCCUGAAGGUCAUGACCCUGGUGUAGAAACGUUCCCCCAGGCACAGUGAGAAUUCUUCACAAAAAAAAAUAAAUAAAACAAGAAAAACACAGAGAGCUGUGGGAAAUUCUUUUCAGACUCAUAGCCCAGGACGGCCUGAAUUCAAUCUGUCCUGCUUUAGGGAGUUUUGUUGAAACCAAAAUAAAUGUUAAGACCUGAAACUGUACAAAAUGUUGCACUGUAUAAAAGCAUGUAUAACACGAUUAUCACACUUAAUUUUUUUUUUUUAAAUACUUAUAUUGUUGUAAUUAACGUCUCUCAUAGUAAGAUGCUGCAUCUGUACCUGACAAAUGAAACCAAUACUUCUUUUCUGAUUUCUGAAAAUUAUUGUUUAUAAUUGUUCCUUAUUUUGCCCAACAAUUCCAGCUAUCCAUGUUUAUCUUAUUAGAAUAAACUGAUAUUUAAUGUAAACUGGAAA